AUGCGUCAAUCCACAACCUUUCGUGAACUUGGUGUUGGAACAAACAACCAUUUCCUCAUGGCUCGACUGCUAAACAUAUGGUCAGAAUGUGAAUCAAAUGGAGCUGCAUCUGUUUCAUCAAUGCAUAUGCUUUGGUUAGAUAAAGAGGGACAACUUAUGGAAGCAAAUGUACGUUAUGAAGAUGCUGGUCAUAUUUGCAAAAACAUGAAGAUUGGUUGUCUCUAUACCAUGAUGAACCCAACUGUCAUACCAGCUAAAUCAGAACGUCGCACUGCACCUUCGAAUUUGAGAUUAUAUUUCGCAGCAGGAGCUUCGUUCAAAAGUAUGCAAGAAUAUCGCAGCACAAUGCAUUUUCCAGAUGAUUCUUUUCUUCAGGUUCCUUUCACUGACAGUGUUUCAUCUGCAAGUGUUCCAAUCUGCUACUCAGAUAUCAUAGGAUGUGUGACACAUAUCACGGAACCAAUAAAAGUGAAUUCCGAUACAUCCAUGUUCCAGAUUCAUAUCGAAGACAUUAGUGGCAACAAAGGACUUGUGAGCUAUAUUGGGAAAGGAAUUAAGGAGUUCAUUCACAGUGCCGAUUACAAAGAAGUUCAUUAUCCUCUGGUUGUGACAGCAACAGCAGUUAGCCGAAAUGUGCAUGACUUUUCACAUAUUCCGCCAUUCUGUUUUGUAACGUCUCCUGGAACUCGUCUCAUUGUCCAUUCGUACAAUGACAUGACCAAAGAACUGAUGAAUAGAUUGUAUUAUGAGCUGCAAGCUGAGUGUGAAUCAGGGAAUCAGAAAGCAAAAAUCAUUCUAAAUCAUGCACCUGCCCUUGCUCUGAUUCGUAUGCCACCACUGGAGUUCCAGACAAUGUCAUAUGAUCAAAGAAUUCAGUUGCUCAAAGAAUUGUGCGACAUCAAAUUCAUGGCAGAGGUAUACAUCAUUGGAUCAGAAUUUUCAGAUGAACCACAAAUUCGCAUGUAUGCAAUUUGGCAUCCAAAAGCAUUUCAACCAUUGAUGGAUCUCAAGUUGGAGUUAUAA